AUGAUGGGCCAAGAACUACUGAUUCCGAGUGACCUUCCUUUCGAAGCAAAACUCUUUAUCAUGACUUUCUUCUCGCCAAGGACAAAAGACGCGACAAGAUUGUUGAAGCAUAUCUUCGUGCGUGAAGAAGAAGGGUAUAAGAUAACACAGCCUUCUCCUGUGGAUGACAAUAUAGAAGCAAAUAUAGCGCAACUGGCGAACUUUGUCAAAAGCAUUGUUCCUAAAACGCAAAGCAUUCGUGUUCCUGCUGCUGUACAAAUCAUGCCUAACAAGACCAUCAUCGCCUAG